AUGUCGUCCGACUCUUUCUCAGACUUGGACGCUGUGCCCCUUUCUUCCGACACAACACCAGUCUCUCCAACCGGUCUGCGAUAUAGCGGUAUCUUUUGGAACAUCGACAAAGGGAAUGACACCUCCACGCACGCACUCGAUGUGGCUUAUAUAACUAUUGCAGUCGAGGCAGUUCUUGGCGCUUCAGGGGCCAUUCUCAACGCAUUUGUCACGAUUACCAUCAUCUGUCUACCUCAUCUCCGGCAAUCCAAGACCGGCAAGUUCAUCAUGUCCCUGGGAUUGGCCGAUCUGCUGGUCAGUGUCAUAGUCAUCAUCAUCGACCUCUUGCUGCAAACCCACGUAAUGCAGACCAGCGAGUGCUCCUUGAUGCCGCGCAGAACGUACACUCUGGCCAUCGUGUUGAUCACCAUCCUGCUACCGUGUCUUGCCGUCCUCCUUCUCUACUCCAGAAUCUUCUGCUGGGCCAUCAGGCAGGGUCGGCGGAUGAGGAAAGCCAGAGAAAUGCGAGACCUGCGCAGACAACAAGCGGAGAGUGACCUCAAAAACCAGCUGUACGAUGAGGCGGGCGUGGCAGACUGGCGUAAGGUGUCUCACAUCAGCGAAGAGAAUGCUCCGACUGUCGGGGUGACCAACUCGCUGGACAGAAUCGGCUCCUCUGUGGACGAGGAGAGGCGGACGCCCAGAUUCAGCAACUUCACCACUGAGCAUCUAAGCACGGUCGUUG